AUGGCGUUGCUACGAAGACUCUCUUCGAGGUUCAAGAGUACAUCCGACAACCGGAAUAGUAUCAAUGGCACUAAUGGGCCCCUUCCCCUGGCCAAUGAGCCCAAAGGGCCCCCCGCGGCGAAUGACCACCAAAUUAAUGGUUCCCACGCGAACAGUGCCAUUGUUGGCCCGAAUGUUGAGAAAACCAAAAAUGUUCGACGUCUUUCGUUCAGACCUACGGUCAGUUCGCCUCCUCCGGGUCAGCCCGCAGAGGACCACGGCCCUCCCGCCACACGGAAAGACGUCGAAAGUGCUUUUACACAAUUCGCACAAUUGAUUCAUGCAUCCCAACGUCCGCUGCCGACCCAGUCUGGUAACGGAUCGUAUUUGGAGAAGGAGGAACCAUCCGGACUCUGGGCUGAUUUGAGGUCCCUUGGACUCAAAGAUAUCAAAACAGUCAGACACAUGCUGGAGGACAAGGCAAGCGGCGAGCCUCAAGAUGAUCGCAAAAUGCACAUGGAGGAGAUUAUGCAGCUUCUCGCCGCGCUGCCCGAUCGCUCUGCGAAUCGUGUUGAGCUCACUAGUAUGCUCUUAGACACACUGUGGAACUCAUUGCAGCAUCCGCCGAUGUCUUACCUUGGCGAUGAUUUCAAAUAUCGUUCCGCGGAUGGCUCCAACAACUCGUACAUCUUUCCGAAGCUCGGUGCUGCAAAUACGCCAUAUGCGCGGUCGGUCAACCCGGUCACGGUACAGCCAGGUGCUCUUCCCGAUCCCGGAUUGCUAUUCGAUUCGCUUAUGGCGCGGGAGGAGUUCAAACCGCAUCCAAAUCGGGUUUCAAGCAUUUUCUUCAACUGGGCGUCGCUCAUCAUUCACGAUCUCUUCCAAACCGAUCACAAAGAUUACACCAACAGCAAGACUUCCAGCUAUCUCGAUCUUUCUAUCUUGUACGGUGACACUCAAGAAGAUCAAAAUACCAUGAGAACUUUCCGAGGCGGCCGAAUCAAGCCCGACUGUUUUGCCGAGGAAAGACUUCUUGCUUUCCCACCAUCUUGUGGCGUUAUGUUGAUCAUGUUGAAUCGCUUUCACAAUUAUGUUGUUGAGCAAUUGGCGUUGAUCAAUGAGGGCGGUCGCUUCAACAAGCCUUCUGACCAUCUCCCCGAAGAGGCCAAAAAGGCCGCAUGGAAGAAGUACGACAAUGACCUCUUCCAGACGGGAAGACUCAUUACGUGCGGCUUGUACAUCAACAUUACCUUGUAUGACUACCUCCGAACCAUUGUCAAUUUGAAUAGGACCAACAGUACUUGGACAUUGGAUCCGCGUCUGGACAAACCAAAGACUUUUGGUAAUGAUGGCACGCCCCGUGGAGUCGGCAAUCAAGUGAGCGCCGAGUUCAGUUUGUCAUACCGUUGGCAUUCAUGCAUCGGGCAGAUGGAUGAAGCAUGGACAGAAGCUGUCUACCGAGAACUCUUCGGAAAGUCACCAGAUGAUGUAUCACUCCGGGAGUUGAUGAUCGGCCUCGGCAAAUAUGAUCAUGACUUGCCCGCAGAUCCAUUGCAGAGACCAUUUGCUCAUCUCAAACGUGAUGCUCAUGGCAAAUUUGACGAUGGCGACCUUGCAAGGAUCAUGCAAGAUGGUAUUGAACAAGUUUCUGGUGCAUUCGGUGCCCGCAAUACUCCCAAGUCUCUCAGAGCAAUUACCAUACUCGGUAUCAUGCAGUCUCGCUCUUGGAACCUUUGCACCCUGAACGAAUACAGAAAGUUCUUCGGUCUGAAGACCUAUGAUACUUUCGAGGAAGUCAAUCGGGACCCGUACGUUGCCGAGCAACUCAAACAUCUCUACGAGCACCCUGACUACAUUGAACUAUAUCCUGGAUUAGCUAUCGAGGAGUACAAAGAGCCGAUGGUUCCCGGCGUGGGAAUCUGCCCUACACAUACUAUCUCACGUGUCGUCUUAUCCGAUGCCGUCGCUCUGGUCCGAGGCGACAGAUUCUACACACUUGACUACAGUCCCAAAAACCUGACUAACUGGGGAUACAAUGAGGUCGCGUAUGACUUGAGUAUCAACCAAGGCUGUGUCUUCUACAAGCUUAUUCUUCGGGCACUACCGAAUCAUUUCAAACCCAACAGCAUCUACGCACAUUAUCCCAUGACAAUUCCAAGCGAAAAUGCCAAAAUCAUGAAGAACCUUGGUCGCUAUCAUGACUAUGACUGGGAAACACCCUCUUACAUACCCACGCGAAUCAAUUUAACGUCCUAUCAAAGUGCCAAAUACCUUCUCGAACGGCCUCAAGACUUUACUGUCAUGUGGAACGAUGGUCUCGGUUUUGUCAUGGGCCAGGGUGGAGAGAAAUUCUGUCUAGGAGGAGACACGGUCUUCCAUCGGAAACAACGACAAACGAUGCACCAACUCAUCUACCGUGAUAAGUGGCACGAGCAUGUCAAGCACUUCUAUGAGUAUACGACUCUCCGUCUUCUCCACGAAAAGAGCCGCAAGAUUGCGGGCAUCAAUCAAGUUGACUUGACGCGAGAUGUCGGUAAUCUGGCGCAUGUCCACUUUGCCGCCAACAUGUUUGCCUUGCCUUUGAAGACCGCGGAGAAUCCCAAAGGCAUUUUCACGGAGCAUGAGAUGUGGAUGGCUAUGAGCGUCAUUUUCACCGCCAUCUUCUUUGACUUUGAACCCACCAAAUCAUUCCCACUCCGGACCGUGGCCAAGAAGUUGGCAACCAUGCUCGGCAAACUGAUCGAAGUCAAUGUCAAAUCAGUCACAGCGACAUCCUUUGCUUCCAAGUUCUUUGACAGUUUCAGAGAAAAUGAGAAUGCGCUGGCCGAUUAUGGCAUCCACAUGAUUCGACGACUCAGCGAAACUGGCAUGAGAGCAUACGAUAUGGCAUUCAGUCAAAUCAUGCCCACGGCAGUUGCGAUGGUUCCCAACCAGUCUCAGGUCUUCACGCAAAUCAUGGAUUACUAUCUUGGUGUUGAAGGAAUCAAACAUCUCCCAGAAAUCCAGCGCCUGGCAAGGAUUGAUAGCGAGGAAUCGGAUGACAAGCUCCUCCGAUACGUCAAUGAAGGCAUCCGCUUGAACGGUACCUUCGGAAGCUAUCGUCGAAGCGAGACAGAUCACGUCUUUAACGACGAUGGUAAACAAGUCCCCGUAAAGCCAGGAGAUAAAGUCUUCUGUAGUUUCGUUGGAGCUGCUCGAGAUCCAUCAGUCUUUCCUAGCCCUCAUGAAGUUCGUUUGGACAGACCAUUGGACUCGUACAUCCACUAUGGCAUCGGGGAACACACUUGUCUGGGGAAAGAAGCCAGUAUGGUAGCACUUACAGCCAUGCUGAGGACUGUUGGAAAGCUAGAGAAUCUAAGGAGGGCACCAGGACCGCAGGGUCAGUUGAAGAAGGUUCCACGUCCGGGUGGGUUUUACGUCUACAUGAGAGAGGAUCAUGGGUCGUACUUUGUCUUCCCCUGCACAUUCAAAAUCCACUAUGACGGAACGCUACCCCCUCUGCCGAAACCCAAAGCAGAGCAUUGA